AUGUGGGUGAAGUGCAUGCUGAGGUAUGGGUUGCUCUGUGCCACCGUGUGUCUUGCCUUUGCCAAGCACCAGCAACCUCAGUCUUUCAUCACCAAAAACUGUCAUUCAAGGAACUCACUGUCCCAGGCUGUUGACUCUCUGUAUGUCAAGGCAGCCAGACUCAAAGCAACAAUUCCACAAAGUUGCAGAUUUUAAGAACAGCUUCUGUCCUUCUUCAUGGAAGAUUUUGGUCAACCCUACCCACAUAUUUGCAUGGAAAUACGCUUUGUGGAAGAUUUUCAUAGCCUUAGACAGAAACUGAGCCAGUGUAUUUCCUGUGCAUCAUCAGCUAGAGAGAUGAGCUCUAUCACUAGAAUGAAAAGAUUGUUUUAUGGGAUUGGAAACAAAGGAAUCUAUAAAGGCAUCUGUGAAUUGAACGUUCUUCUGUCUUGGAUUAAAGAGCUCCUGGGAAACAUUCAGUAA